UAAGCCUUGUUGUUUGAAGAUCAGGAGCUGACUCAAUGGCAUCAACUGACACUCCAAUACAAAAAACUGCAUCAGAUUUAGUGUUGCAGAUUUCUAUUCUUGAGAGAGAAAUUGUACGUUUGGAAAGCCAUCUAUUGUCGAUAUAUCGAUCUGCAUUCGAAAAUUAUUUUUCGAGUUCUCCAAUUACCUCAAGUUUUGCCAGAAGCUCGAGUGUAUAUGAAGCUGAACAUACUAAUGAAGAACUCGAUCUUUCUCCUGUCAAUGUCGGCGCUGACAAAAUUAGCUUCAAUAGCUAUAGUCAUUUAAGAUACUCACCUGCUCAAGAACCAGCAUCAAGUUCAAAUUCCAUUUAUUCUCGUUCCCAUGUUGUCGAUCGAAGAAUGAAAAUGCGAAAAUCUCGUUCCGACCAUCACACGCUCGCCGACUAUCUAGGCACGAACAUUCAAGAUCACAUAUCAGGGACAACAUUCAUGAUUUCUGAAGAUAUCAUUAAGUGCAUCUCAUCCAUCUGCUGCAAGCUUACAAGUAGCAGAAAGAAACAUAUGGAGCUUUUGCCUUCAUCUUCAUCUUCCUCUAACUCUUCAGUCUUAUUGUCUCCUGAAAAUCUUUGUAACAGUUGGAGCCCUCAGUUUUGGUGUGAAGCUGCAUCAAGUUCUUAUGGAAACAAUUCACCAAAACAAAAACAUGAUCCAUAUGAAGAUAUGAUUGAAGUUUCGAAGAUCUGCAUGGAUGAUGAUCAAUUCGAGUUCGCGUUUAAGAUGCUAAAGAUUUUCAGGUCCUUGAUUCGACGACUCGAGGAUGUUGAUCCGAGAAAAAUGGAGCAAAAUGAGCAGCUUGCUUUCUGGAUAAACAUACACAAUGCCUUGACAAUGCAUGCUUUUCUGGCUUGUGGACUACAAAAGAAUGUAACGAGGAACAACUCUUCAAUACAUAGAGCAGCAUAUAAUAUUGGAGGAUGUUCAGUAAAUACUUCUGUCAUUCAAAAAUUAAUACUUGGAUGCUGCCAUCCGCAAUGCUCUUCAUCGCAUUUGAGAUAUUUGUUCGCAUCAGAAAGGAAGUUGAGAAAAGUAGGGAGCAAUCAUCCAUAUGCUCUUCAUCAUCCGGAGCCUCUUGCUUAUUUUGCUCUUUGUAUGGGAGCUUCCUCUGAUCCUGCUGUCCGUCUCUACACAGCGAAAGAUGUUCACCAAGAGUUGAUUGUUGCGAAAAGAGAAUACAUUCAAUCUUAUGUCUCCAUCCAAAAAACCAAGAUAAUACUUCCCAAACUCUUACAUUACUAUGCCAAAGCUGCUUCUAAAGAACCAUCCGACCUCAUAAAGAUGGUAGCCUGCAACAUGGAGGAAGAUGUACAUGGAGCAAUGCAACAGUGCUUCCAAAAAAAUGGCAGCAAAUCAGUGACGUUCUCACCAUUUAAAACAGACUUCAGAUUUCUUUUCCAUAAUGAUCUGGUUAAGCAAUAAGACUCCCAUCUUGUAUUUUGUAGUCUUGUAGAUAUAGAGUGGAAGGACAUUGGAAUGUGUUUGAGAUUGUG